AUGGGUGGUACAAAAUUAGGAGGAUAUAAUUGGGAAGCAAAUCCAUACGGAAAUGAUUAAACAUACUUUGGUAAUUUUAUUAUUGAACUUGUUAAGUUUCUAGAGCAUCCGUACUGCAAUUUUUGUUUCAGUGUUAGCUGGAGCAGCAGCAGAACGAAUGACAUUCUUGACAUGAUCAAUUUUAGCUCUAGUAUCUGCUGGGUUAGCUCACUGGACAUUAGCACAAGGAUGAUAUUGAUUAAAUGA